AUGCCAAUGUCGUUGGACAAAUACGUGGUGACUCCAGUUGCUGCUCUUCUUGGAAUAGCUGUCCUCUACCGGAAACAGAAAAACGAUACCGAAAGGAAAAAUCUUGAAGCCUUGAACACUUCUCGAUUGGCUCGUCUCGAAAAAGCCAAGGAAGACUUCGAUUCUCAAACAUUUGAUUUGGAGAAAGAUCUAUACAGCCGCUUGUCGGAUCAAGCUGAAGUGGCCACAGUCAAAGAAUGCAAAUCUCUUCCACCAAUGAAGCAGAGCGAACGGUUUUAUAGUUUUGAUAUUGCCGGAAGCAACUAUGCGCACUGGACUGACCGCGUUUGGAACAAAGAUGUCCUGUCGUUUCCACAAAUCAUUGUGAGAGUUGCAGUCCCUUCAGAUGUUGCUGUUUGUUUUGAGCUUGCCAAGAAACAUAAUCUCAAUAUUAGUGUGGCUGCUGGGUGUCAUUCUGCCAACGCCUUCACGGAUAGUGCUUUGACGAUCGACAUGGCCAAGAUGACAGACAUGAGCUACACUGCGGAAACAAAGGAGCUUCAAGUUCAGGCCGGUGCCACACUCAGCGCGGUAGAUGAUUUGUGCAGAACAAAUGGCCGGGUGCUACCGGUAGGGACGAAUGGUGACACGGGCAUCUCUGGGCUUACUCUUUCGGGGGGUGGAGGUUGGCUAACUCGAAAAUUUGGUUUCACGGUAGACAAUCUGGUGGGCAUUGAUAUUGUGCUUCCAAGCGGAACGCUCAUUGAAAAUAUCCGCGAUUCCUCUCCCGCAAAGGAACGAGACCUACUUUGGGCCUGCCGUGGUAGCGGUGGCCACUUUGGGGUUGUAACCAAGUUUUAUUUCAAAACACAUGAAAUGCCAAACCAGGACCAGUUCCUUCUCGGAACAAUUGUGUCUUUGUGUCCCACGGCUACCAUGAAACAAACAGUCCUCAAGGCAUGGUGGCAGAAACUCAAAACAACUUCUCAUGACACUACAUGUACCGCAGUUCUACCGGCGGCUCCAGUCGUUCCCCUUAUGUGGCUUCACUGUGGCCCCGAGGCUCCGAAAGGAAUUGAAGCUACCAAGACUGUGAAAGAUCUGCAAGCUGCUGUGGCUCCAGUUGCAGGAGGAGGCCUCUUCAAUGUAGAAAACUCGUGGAAAGUAGUGGACCAUAAGAAGGUUCAAUCGCUUGUUGCUGACAACCAGACCCAUGGUUUCAUUUACCAAACUAUGAUUGCAAUCAUUGACAUGUCCGAUGACGUAAUUGCAUGCAUGGUAGAUGCCAUUGGGAAAGCUCCCUCUGGGUCCGUCUUUGUCAUUCAGGCCAUCGGUGGUCGCGCCAGUGAACUUGACACUCCUGAUUGCAAACAGUGCAGCCUCUCGACUCGGCAUGCUGCUGCCUGGAUUCUUGUGGAGGCUCGUUGGGAUCCUUUAGUAGAUGGGCACGAAGUCGGAAGAGCCAAAGCCAGUGCAUGGGCCAAGCAGUUUGUCGCAGAUAUAAACGAACAGUGUGGACCUGCCAUGGCCAAGACCUCACAUGCAUUCUCUGACGCAAGGGAAGAAAAUGCGGGAGAAGGAAACAACGUGCUAGUCGACGUUACCAAAAGCGAUGUGGCGAAAAGGCUUAUGGAAAUCAAGAAAAGGGUCGACCCCGACAACAUCCUUUGUCACAACCGAAAAUUGAGCUCGAAUUAG